AUGUACACCAACGCCAUCACCUUCAUCGGCCUUGCUACAGCUCUCUUCGGCACCCAAGUCUUGGGCAGGUCUUGCCACCUUGAGACCACGGCAUACCACCGACAGAACAGCGCCUGCGGUUCCGGCAGCUGCAUUGCCGGGGACACUUUCGGCGCCGGCGGCGUGCUCAAGAUUGACGGCAAGGUCGAGUGGAACGGCAAGGGCACCAGCUACGACAAUAUGAGCAACGGCAAGGGCGUGGACGUUGACGCCGGCGGCGUCAAGUUCCACAUCGACCCGCUCGGCAUCCCGGACGCCCAGGACAAGCCCAACUGCAAAGUGCACAUCGGCAGCUACACCAACCUCGGCAUCGGCAAGGUGGAUAACAUCGGCUUGCCCGGUGUUGUAGGCAGGGACUUUGACUGCACCCACGACUGGAACUGCUGAGCUUGAGAUGGCUUUGGAUAGUCUGGAUGUGCGGGUCGGGCUGUUGUAUAUAUCUGGAGUAGGCUCGAUGUGAAGGCGUUUGUUUCUCGCUUGUAUAUAGUUCUUGACGUACAAAAUUCAAGUUGGCGAACUGAUUCUGCUGAUACUAGGUAUAUUCCUAUAUGCUGGCUGACUGAUGUGUGAUCGACACUUCCACGACAUAUCUCGAGGGAUAUA